AUGCAGCCCAUGCCAUUGCUUCUGCGGCAAUCGCUUCGAUCCAGUCUACAUAUCACCCGCACGACUGCUCGACCGGUGCAGGUCCCCCAUCUCCGGACACCCACGAUCGUUUUUCCCGCGAGGCCGACGUCACGGAGCUUCUCUGUCUGCCUCCAAUGCCAGUUCCGCCGGCUUCCAGGGUCAUACUUCCCCCUCGAUGAGAAAGACAAGGCUACUACAGAGACGGAGAGACUGUUAAAGGCUGCGAAGGAAGGCGUGGUGCCUGACGGCGCCCCUGUCCCGGAUGCAGCCGCGGGGAGUCCUCGUGCGAGCUCUCCGGAGACUGACCUGCCCCGCGGGGGGCAGGUACCGCCAAACCUUGAUGACAAGAUGCUAUUGGAAGGGCUCGAGGCUGAGCAAAACGAGGAGAAAAGACAAAGCUCCAAUGUCGAGGGUGCACAGAGCGGAGGGCUGCCCUCCUACUUGGAGAACCGCCGGUCACAACUGUCGAAGCAGUUUACCACAAUGAUGGACACCCUACAGUCCAACGUCUUUGUAGCUGGGCAGCGUCUGAACGAUCUGACAGGAUACUCGGGUAUCGAGGCGCUCAAGCACGAGAUCCAAAUACAAGGUAUGACAUGGUGUUUGCCAUAUGUACCCUGCCCAUCCGCUAACAUUGCCGCCUUUUCCCCAGAAACGCGCCUCCGCACAGCCCGUGCACAUGUCCGCAAAGCAAAGGAAGACUACACAGCAGCAAUCAACAACCGCUCGACCUCCCAGCGCGAAGUCAAUGAGCUGCUCCAGCGCAAGCAUGCCUGGUCCCCGACAGACCUGGAACGCUUCACCCUUCUCUACCGCAACGACCACACCAACGAGGUUGCCGAGGUGGAGACACAAGAGGCCCUGUCCCGCGCCGAGCGUGAGGCCGAGGAGGCGGCUGCAUCGCUGAACAAGUGCAUUCUCUCCCGCUACCACGAAGAACAGGUCUGGUCGGACAAGAUCCGCCGGAUGAGUACCUGGGGUACAUGGGGCCUCAUGGGCGUGAAUGUCCUGCUGUUCUUAAUCUUCCAGAUUGCUGUUGAGCCGUGGCGUCGCAGCCGGCUGGUUAAGGGCUUCGAGGAUAAGGUCGUCGAAGCGUUGGAAAAGGAGAAGACGCUGAACCGCAUUGAGGGCGGUUUUUCUUCCUCAGCGGCCCCGGUGGCUCUUCCUGAGGUUAUUGAUUCUACUAUUGAGUCCUCGAUUGCCUCGAUUGAGUCUUCUGGUACGGAGCCUGGUGUGCCUGCCACCACCGAGGUGCUUUCUCCGACUGAGAUUGUUUCGGUCGCUCCAGUCGUCGAACCUUCUCUUUAUUCCCGCCUUUCUGACAUCUCCUCUUCACCUAUGUCUCUUGAAUACUGGCGGCAAGCCUUGGAUGAGCUCUUUAGUGAGCGCGGCGUUGCUAUUUCCCAGCGUGAUCUUACCGUGGCUGUUAUGCAGAGCGCUGCAGCCGGUGCGGCAGUGGUAGGCUUGUUAAUCGCCCUGGUGAGACCUCGGUAA